UGACAGUAGUGUCUCCUUAAAUCUGAACGGCUGGAGGCAAUUUGGCUCGCUUUCUACACUUCUCCUCUCCUGAAGUACGAGGAUUCACCGGUCAAAGCCAAGAAGCCGUUUCUGUAGGGGCUCUGCCUCGUUAUCACAGGACCCGAGUCGCGGAUUCUGAUGCUGUCCGGCGGGAUUAUUUAGGUGCUACCCUCGAAUAAUUUUGGACACCAUAGUCACCCACAAUGUCUGCUUUCCCAGCGGGCUCCUUCAGCAACAUGUCGCCUGCUAUAGAUUCCACGUCGCAGCGACAGUCUGAUCGCCCAGCUGAUCCUUCAGGGCCAGCAUCCCACCCGUACCAACUUCCACCCCCUCGCACUUCCGCUCCCUUGCCUUUUGGGACAGCUCCGUUUCUACAUCAACGCAACCAAGCAGAAGGUCGCGAGCUGGAAGAAACAUCCCUGGGUCGCUCAAAGAUUCCAGGCCAGCAGCAGACGGCCAAUGAACAGCUUCCGCCAGUUAGCCAGUUGUUGACCCCCACAGCCCAUCCAAGCCGUCCAUCAUCUCCCUACCAAACUCACCGAUUUGGCAUCUAUACACCCCCAAAUGGCAGCACAGCAUCACCGACGCCGUUCCGACAGAGCGACUCUUUACCACGACCUAGCCUGCACGAAAGCCCUCGGGCUUAUCCAGAAAAUCUCCCGCAUUCACAUACCAGGAGUCUCCCACCCCUAGCCCAUCUCUCCACACCCGGCCUAGCACGUGAAGGUCCGCUACAUCCUAUUCAUACUGGAUCUCCUGUACAAACCAGUCAAGCUGCAUCGUAUCCGUACUACGGUUUCAACUCUCCGGAAAAGGAGUAUACCAGAGACUUUUCUCCCAGUGAGACUCCCGAUUCUGCAGCAACAAACAACCCCUCUCACACAUCCAAUGUGCGUUCUCAUGUGGUGGAUGAGAGAUAUGUGGAGGGCGAAGGUCUCUGCUACAUAUACGCAGACGGUUCGCAUUGUCCCAAGAUUAUCGAUGGAGUUCCGGUCAAUGCAAAUUGGGGGAUCACCAAAGCCGGCAAACCGAGGAAGCGACUCGCGCAGGCCUGUUUAACCUGCAGAGAAAAGAAAAUCAAAUGCCAACCGAAUCUUCCUAAAUGCGACCAAUGUCAGAAGUCCGGGAGGGAAUGCAGAUUCGAAAGCGCUCCCCGCGGCCAUCGUGCGGCCCUAAAGGCGACACAACUUGCGAGUCGAUACGAACCACGAGAGAGCCUCCCCCCUGGCAGCUAUGCUUAUGGCGCAGCAUCCCAGUCCCCGUACUCUGCGAUCCGGGCUUCGGAGAGUUCGGCCUCCCUCCCGAACACCAGUUCUCAAUCGCCGAGAUCUGAAGUAUCGAUGUUGACACCCUCGGCCAUGGAAGGCCCCCAAGAUAGUGUAAUGGACCACGAGCAGUACAGGCUCAGGAUGCCGGGUCAUGGUCGGCUAUCCAUUGGAGUGGAGGACACUGCUAGACGUCUAGCCGAUGACGUUUCGCUUGGGUCUCAUGACUACUCCGACAUCCUCAUGGAGAUGAAGGAUCUGGACCCUCAAGACCCUCUCGUAUCCGACUGGCAUACAGAUCCGUUCGAGGCAGACCCAGAGGCCGCAGUUCAUUAUGUGGAGAGCUAUUUCACCCAUGUGAACGACCGCCUAUACUACAUGUUCCCGCGGAAACGGUUUCUUUUGUGGCUGCGGUCGUGCAAUACCAAGACCUCAGAUGAUACUAUGCUGCUGUACUCGAUGAUGACGCUCGGGGCGGUAUUUUCCGAUCGGCCCGACAAGGUGACGGCGCUCAAGAGGUAUUCACGCACGGCUCGGUAUGCCGUUGAACACAGUCGACACGCCCUGACUCUGCAGCUUGCUCAAAGCCGCAUCAUCGUCGGCCUUUGGUACUACGCCAUAGGUUCCUUGGUGCCAGCUUGGGAUGCAAUUGGGUCGGCAGUUCGGACAGUGUGCGGACUCCGGUAUAAUGUUGAGUCGGGUGGGGUCAUUGUCGACCAAAGCCGGCCCUGCGAAUAUGGCUUGCAUCCCCAGGCGCUGAUCGAGUGUCGCAGGCGGACUUUUUGGGUCGCUUACCUCAUGGACCGCAUGACUUGUUUCUAUACGCCCUCCUCGACUUUCAUCUCCGCCCAAGCGGCUUAUCUGAGACUCCCUUGCCGGGAAGAAGUAUACGAGGCGCAGGAAUAUACCACCGUGCCCUAUUUCCAAAGCUUCCUCAAUCAAGUACCAGCAUCGCCCGAGAAUGAUAACGCCAGUUUGAGUGCUAUGGCAUUACAAGUUGAGAUCUUGUCACUUUGGGGAGACGUAUCCGACCACGUUUUCCGAUUGUCCUUGGUGCCAGCCGAGGCAUACAAUCAGCUCUUCGAGGAAUUCUACGUGAAGGUCGCCGGACGCGUCGAUGAAUGGGUCGCACGGCUCCCCGAUCAUCUGACCUUCUCGGCUGUGAAUAUGGAACGAAGUAUCCGAACAAAGAAAGCGGAUGCGUUCAUGUCAAUCCAUCUACUUUAUCAUGCAACUCUGAUGGCGCUGAAUCGGUAUGCUCGAUACCAAAACAUCCGCGCGGAAAUCAUAGAGCGACAUAUCCGCACCACGCGGACCCAUGCAGUAGAGAUUCUCCAGAUCUCGCUCGCCCUCAUGCGUUGUGCUGCAGACUAUGAGCCGUCUCGUAUCGUUCUGGAGCCGGGAACGGCGCGAGGAACCAUUCUGAACCCCUUCCUCGGAUACGUGAUUGUGUCAGCGACAGAUGUCCUCAGUGCGGCUGGACUGAUGACUGAUUUGCCGGAGAGUGUGAAUCUGAUCCGUGGGGCCUUGGAGGCUGUGCGAGAGCUGGCGCGCUUCUGGGGCGGUGCCAUGCCCCUGGCGACGUUAAUAGAAAAGCGUCUAGAAGCUAUGAAUGAAAGUCUGCAGCAACAGGCUGGUUCCGACCGGAAGGCGGCGUUUUUCGUGCACGGCCCAUCGCUGGAUAGCCAGGUGCGCGCAGGAGUGCAGCAGCAGCCAGAUUUGGCGACGAACGAAGACCUAAUGUAUGGCGGUCUCCCCCGGGAGCAAUUGUUCGGCGCACUGGGAGCGGGCGACGUUCCCUUCUCGGAUGAGACGGUCCUUUGGAUUAGAGAGAGGAGCUGAUAGCUCUUCUACCCCUUGUUGGGAUGUAACUUUUUUUUUGCAUUAUGAGCGGAUAUACAAAAGCUGUUGCAGUUGUGUUUUAGCAGGUUAUACCCGGGAGGCUUGUUUGGCUUGAGUUGUUGUUGAAUACAUGUUGCGGUAGCCCCAAUGGUGUGUGGGCUUACUGCUCUUACAAAUGACACGAGUAACGAUGUUGCACAUGGAUUGUAUAGUAGAGUCGAUAUAUUAGACGUUCCGGCAGGAGUCGUGAGUUUCAAACUAA